AUACUGGUCUGGUGACUGCAGUGCUGGUGAGCGAACCAUAGGGAGUGGAACACAUCAGCUGCGGCACAACUCAGGAACAUCAGCUCUCCUACAGAACAGUAAACUGCCAGUUUAGUAUAACCCCGACGCCCGCCCUGUGGAGUACUCAUACAGGAUGACGUGACAUGUUCCGCACGCACUGGAAAGCUUCAAACUGUAGCGCCGCAACCAAGAUGAGAUAGAAGAGGAGAGAGGAAUCAACCGAGUGUGAAAUGGUGCGUUGCUGGCCAGUUUCGAUAUCUGUGUUGGGGGUGACACUGCUGAUCCUCUGCCUUAUAUCAUGGACUCCUUUCCUCUUCAUGUACAAUACUGGCACCAGUCCCUUGCUCUACUUGACCAGCAUCCGCUCCGCUCCACUCACCUCAGACAUUCACCCAGGCGCCAAAGACACCCCUUCUACAGCCACUCAUAGUCGCUCUAAUGCUGCAGGCACUCCUCCGGUAAUUCACCCCAGCGGCAUUGAUAGUCACCCUCCCAUCACAAACAUGGCUCCCCAGGACGUAGCUUCCCAUAUCGACAACACAAACGUUCCUACCAACUCCAAAAAUGACGACAGUAAAGCCACAAACACUCCCAGGAAGGAGAAGAGUAAUCCCGCAAAUACUUACCCCAAAAUCAAAGGAGCCCCUAGCAAAACCUCAAACACUCACUCCAAAACUAAGACCAACCAACCUAAAGCUAAAAGGACUCUCUCAAAAAUUAAACAAGAAAAAAACAAAUCCAUAAAGACUCUUUCCAAAAUCAAAAAGGGGCAAAUUAAGACCACAAACCCUCACGCUUCUCGCACCACUAUGAACAGCAUGAGUCACCCACACAGCUCCUCCAGUUUCCCAGUAUCUUCAGAGCCUGCUGGGGGAUCUGACGGGGAGUGCAGUGAGGAAUACCAGGAGGAAGGUCCAAUGCGACAAGUGGUGAUAUGGACGCCCUUCUGGCAUAAGUGGAACCUCUGGGAGAAUAUGCUUCGUGACCACGCCUACUUAAAGGAAGGUCGCUGCGCCAUCUGGAGGUGUGAGUUUCUGCUGGGCCAGAAUUUCACGACAGAGCAGAUAAAGGAAGCUGACGCAAUCAUCUUCUUUAGCUUGGACGUCAUGGUGCUACCUUUACCACCUCGCUUCCCUCACACCCUAUGGAUCUGGCUGGAAUUAGAGUCGCCGGUCAUCAGCAAACGUGCAACAGAGUCGUGGAGAAAGUUAGAGGCUUCGGGCGUGUUUUUCAACCUCACCAUGUCCUACCACCACCUCAAUCCCAUCGUGGCCUUCCUUGGAGAGCUCGUGCCACUGACCACUCCCCAACAUUGCCCGAUCACCUCCACCUUCUUCCUCAACACCUCUUCCCCAACCUAUACUUCCUACAGUCACCACAUGAAUCAGUUUGAGUCGUGGUUGCUGGAGAACGGAGUGUUUGCUGAUGAGAAACUGCGAGCCGAGCGAAACAGACGUCAUGGAAGUUUGAUCUAUCAACCGAAAGACAACUCCUCCUUGCCCGAGCCGCUAUCAGAUGGCCGUGGCGAGAAGGAAGCCCAAGGUAAAGAGAAGGUAAUGGAAGAAGGCAACCUGACUUUCACAUCUGAGGAGAUUGCGUUGGCGACACGACCAAGAGUGGCGGUGUGGAUGGCUAGUCACUGCCCCACGGACUCUCGAAGGGAAGACCUGGUGGCGGCGCUGCAGGGCUUCAUGUCAGUCACCACGGUGGGUAAAUGCGGCAAGAUGAAGUGCGGCAAGAACCACAUGGACGAGUACUGUUACCGGUGGAUAGCAGCGUCACACCUUUUCUAUCUGUCCUUCGAGAACGCCCUGUGCGAUGACUACAAGACCGAGAAGCUAUGGACGCCGAUGAUGCACGGCAUGGUACCGGUAGUCUACGGCGGAGCCAGUUAUCGCGACACUCUGCCCUUCGACUCCUAUAUUGACGUGUCCGACUUCUCCAGCGCUGCAGCCCUUGCCAACUACCUAUUGUAUCUAGCCACUCACCCCGCCGCCUACCUGAAAUACCUGCAGUGGCGGCGAUACUGGCAGGUGCGCAGAUUGGUUCCCUGGUGUGACCUGUGUACUGCCAUACACCGCCAAACUCAUCCCCUACGCUCCACACUGGACCAGUGGUGGAACAACACAGCCACCUGCGAAGUGCCUCCCCGCUGGCGAUAACACUAACUGACGAGCGCAGUGGUGAACUCCUGCAUGGAGGUGUAGUUCGAAGGAUACAGUCGACAACUAGCUGAUUGUAUCCCUCUAGCAAGCUUUCAAGCCUCUUUCAUGAUGAUUCCUGUUUUCAGAAGCAAGUACAACAGUGAUCAGAAGUCCAGUAUAAUCUGUUACAAUCACUUCCACCACUUUGCGUUCUCCUUCAGUCUUAAUCUCUUCAGUGCUGGAGCAUAGUUUUACCAUGAGUUUUGUGUGCGAUUAGAUGAUUUUAUUUACAUUAGGAAGGGUCUGUGGAGGUCAUAAGAUUAAUGGACACAGUCUUCACUAUUUUAAUCCCCCACAUAAGUUUCUGAAACUGUACAAAAUCACCAAUUAGUAACCAGAAUGAAUAUGAAAACGCGUCAUGGUACUGAAGAGAUUAAAUGCUCUGACAUACUUUGAAUCUAUGAAUUGUCAGGUUUAUCAGAAGAAUGCCAACGGAUCAGACCACUUCAGAUUAAAAAAAAAUGCUGAAGGUGAUGGGAAAAUGUUUAGUACGUUAGCAUAAGUACUUUUGAUCACGACUAUAACUUAGAAUGGGUUUUGUUUGGCUUUUGUGCCUGAUUUUAUUGAGAGAGAGAGAGAGAGAGAGAGAGAGAGA